AUGGUCAAAGGAGACAAGGAAUUGGAAAAUGAAGGCAUGUGGACCCAUCUCUCCCCUUCCUUCCCCCUUGGUCAUGCGACAGCCCUCCCCUCUCCCUUGGUGUGCCAUUCGAACCCUCAGCUAGCAAGGAGACUGCCGAAGCAAGCCAGAGCAGCCGUCGCCACCGUUCACACCGCUGCACGUUGUCCUCACCUCGCGCAUCUCAAAAUAGAGGCUGGUUUUGUGGGUUUCACAGCAGCUUCUAGGCCUGUUUUGGAGGUGUUCUGGGCCUCGAAACCUAGGCUUGCUUUGGAGAAAGUCGGCCAUUGUCGCGUUUCUGUCGAGUUGAACCGAAUGGAUGAAGUUGAGGCCAAGAGUGAAGAAGAAGGGGAGAUCGUUGAGCUGGAGGAGGGACAUGAGGAUGAGCCUAUAGAGGACAAGCUUGAGGAUGAACCCGUGGAUGAACCUGAGGUGGAACCCAAGGAGGACCCUGAAGAAGAGCCUGAAGAAGAGGAGCUGGAAGAAGACUCUGAUGAAGAGGAGUCAGAGGGGGAUCCAGAGGAGGAUCCUGAGUAUGACUCGGAUGAAGAUUGA